CCAAAGCCUCCGCCCGUUCAAUCCCUCUUCUGACUUCCCCUCCGGUGCCCGCCGACUGCGAACCCGAUCUCGAUUCGACCCCCCAAGCCGAUCAUGGCGGUCGCCUUCGCCUCCUCGCGGCGCGCCCUGCACACCCUCCACCGCCGCCUCCUCCUCCACCCCUCCCCCACACCCGCCGCCGCGCGCCGCGCGCUACCCACUUCCACUCGUACUCCCAUCCCCGCCCACUCCCCCACCUUCAUCUCCUCCUCCUCCUCCUCCUCCUCCUCCCGCUUCUUCACCACCGCGCGCACCGAUGCGACGAGGCUGCGGCACGGGGUGCUGCCGCAGCGGCUGGCGGGCGGGGUCAGGUCGGUGGCGAGCGGCGGGUCGAAGCUGGCGCCGCUGGGCCAGGGGGUCAAGGGGCUGGGGCGGCCCAUGGAGGCGGCGAGGAGCGCGGCCGCGCGGUACCGCGCGGCCGUCGGCCUGCAGGUCGAGGCCUUCUGGCGGCGCAACUACAUGAUCCUCGUCGGCGCGGGGGCAGUCGUCGUCUGCGUCGCGCUGUGGAGGAUCAUGUUCGGCAUCGCCAGCACCUUCGUCGGCCUCUCCGAGGGCAUGGCCAAGUACGGCUUCCUCGCCCUAGCCACCGCCCUUGUCGCCUUUGCCGGCAUGUAUGCCCGGGCAAGGUUAACCAUAAACCCUGACAAGGUUUACCGGCUGGCUAUGACAAAACUCAAUACAUCUGCUGCAAUCCUUGAAGUUAUGGGUGCGCCCCUAACUGGUACUGAUGUCAGAGCAUAUGUUAUGUCUGGAGGAGGCCCGAAACUGAAGGACUUCAAAUUUAAGCUUGGCAGCAAACGGUGCUUCCUCAUUUUCCCCAUCAAAGGAUCAGAAAGAAGGGGUCUUGUAAGUGUUGAGUUCAAGAAGAAAAAGGGACAGUAUGACAUGAAACUACUAGCUGUUGACAUACCAAUGGCAUCAGGUCCUGACCAGCGGCUGUUCGUCGUCGGUGAUGAACAAGAGUACAAGGUGGGCGGGGGCUUGAUAUCUGAGCUGCGAGACCCGAUCGUAAAAGCUAUGGCUGCAGAAAAGGAGUUUGAUUAUCUUGAUGAAAGAGAGGACGAGGAAGAUGAGCGGAGGGAGCGUGAGGAGGCGGAGCAAGAGGAAGCGGAAGCAUUGAGGCGCGAGGAGGAAAGGUUGCGUCAGCAGGCUGAAGAACGGAGGCGGCGGGAGGAGGCUGAGAGCCUGGAGAAAGCUUCGUGACAUGAUUUAACUGCAUCGAUUUUCCACCUUGUGCAUUGUUUUAUACUUCUCUCCCCCUCCCGGAGUGUAGCAGUCCGCGUUUCCACAGCAAGAGAAGAUUGCUUCUGAGUUCGGUUGAGUUCCAGACUUCCAGGUGGUCGAUUCGGCGUCACCAGUCUCAAGUUGUUGAGGAGAAAGGAAUAAUUUUGCAUGUUCCGCAACAGAACACUUCGGCGAAACAAUGUAAUUUAGUGGUUGGUCAGUUGUUAAAGCCUUUUUUUUUUUUGCUGAAUGUCUGCGGUCAUGGAAUUGAGAUGAGUAAAGUUGAGUUUGUAGUUAGGUUUUGAUUAACCCAAAAAGAUUUAUAAAAGUUUAAUUCAUCAUCUCUCUCCUUAGUUAUAGCCACGCAUUGUAAUCUUUUCAAUUGAUAUCAAAGCCUCAUGUUCGUUGGUUUA